AUGGCUGAGUUUAAAGAGCAAAAUAAAAGUUUUCCUUCUGGGCAUCAAUUAAAAAGAGAACGUCCAGUUGUUGAACCAAAAGUUGUGGUACAGGUUGAGGAAGAUAGUCCACUUAAAAAGGAACAGAGUCAUGAUGUUGUUAUGAUUGAGGAACAAGAACAAACAUCCUCAACUCCCCCUAUUAGUGGUUCUUUGCUACACAAAACAUUUUCAACUGUUGAACGUCUUCAAGCAUACCAUAAAUAUGGAAAGAAAGGUGCCAAUCCAUAUUCAAUACUUUCUUCUAAAACAAUAAAUAAUUUGGUUGAAUCAGCCAAGCAAAGAAGAAUAAGCAAAAUAGUCCACAAACGAAACCCAAAGAAAAGUGUCAAAAUUGAAAUACCAAAAGAUGCAGAAGAAACUGGAAGUACUUCAGUUGAUGAUAGUAGUUCUCCAACAAAAAGUAUUCAAAGCAAAACUGAACCUACAAAAAGACAUUAUUCACAAAAUGCUCGGUUAAUGGAUAAUGUUGACAGAAUUAGUCUUCAACACAAAUCUUAUUUGCGAAGUAGAUUUUCACAGAGAGAACGUGAUAUGUUACUUCUCAUCCGUGCCAGCAGUUUUUUCUUAAAUCCAGUCUCAAAAUUUUGGCCACAUCCAAAAGUUAUGCGCAAUCUUAUGCAUGAAUUUGUUCCAGAAUCUCGUACAAAAACAACUUAUUCUCUUAUGGCUGCCGGUGUCAGAGAAUUAAAAGACAGACAAGAUCAGCACCAAUAUAUUGUUAAAACAUUGGCUAGUUUUAAAGAUUUGCUGAAUUUGAGGAAUCGGGGAUGA